AAAGGAUGAGGGAAAAUGCGAAAAUUAAAGCAUGAAACCAAACAAGGCCUAAAGUCUACAUUUUCCGACCUUCCGCUUCAAAUUGGGUAUUGGGACUUAUUAGGGCUCAGUCACUGUUCGCUGCAAUAACAAACGAAUCCAGUUCCAUUUACAGCUUAGCUCAAAGGUUGGGUUCUGAUGGCUGGGAGAGAAGAAAACCGUAUAUUUGUGGGAGGGUUGGCUUGGAACACCACGGAGAGGCACCUCGAAAAUGCGUUUCGCCGAUACGGGAAAAUUAUUGACUCUUUGGUCAUGGUUGAAAGGGAUACUGGUCGUCCUCGUGGAUUUGGAUUUAUAACCUUCGCAGAUCGCCGGGCUAUGGAAGAUGCAAUCCGAGAGAUGCAUGGUAGAGAAGUUGAUGGUCGAGUCAUCUCAGUGAACAAAGCAGAGCCAAAAGUGGGUGGUGAAGAUCCUGCCUAUGGCUAUGGCAGGGAACACAUAUCAGGUGGUAGGGACAGUUAUAGGGGAGUGGACAAGCCAGCAGGGUCAUCUGACUGUUUCAAGUGUGGGCGUCCAGGCCAUUUUGCAAGAGAAUGUCCUUCAGUUGGUGGAGGCAGCGAUCGUUUCUCCUCACACUCUAGGUUUGGUGGUGGUGGUGGCCAUGGUGAUCGAUUUGGACUGGACCGUUAUGAUGAUCGCCUUGAUGGGGGACGCUAUGGAGACAGGGAGCGUUUGGAUACCAGAGAAAGCAGAUACGGAAGCCGUGAUCGUUACAACGACAGGUAUCCACCUGGAGGUGAUCACUUUGCUGGUGAUAGGUAUGUGGACCGGGAGCCUCAAAAUGGGUAUGGGAAGGACAGAUUUCUUAGCAGGGAUGGAGGCCCUAGAAGUGCCAGUAACAGAUACGGAGGUGGAGGGCCGGCAGGAGCAGCGCGUUAUGACAAAGGAAGUUAUAGGGACAGACCGGGUCCUUAUGAGCGCCCAAGAAGAGGAGGUCAUUCAUCUUACAACAGAUACUGAGGCAUUAUUCCGUUACUGUUCUGGUUCAUUGAGGGAUGUAUGUUUAGUUCAGCUACUCAGUACUUAAGAAUUCCAACAGGCAGUUCCUCCUUUGCUGCAGGAUUGAUGAUAAUCAACUGCAAGCUUACAUUGCUUUUCUUUUGCUGAUCAAGAAUUAUGUAUGUGAAGAUUUCUAUUAAGCUUGUUCCUUUUUUACUCGGUUUUCAAGCACUUGAUACAGGAGACAGAAAGUAGAUCAUGCCUUA